UUAAGUGAUCCAUUUUAUCAACUUGAUAUUCGCCAUCAAACCACCUCUCUUUCAAAAACUUUUUUUUCCUUCCAAUUACUUUUUCGCCUCAUACUCCCUUUAAUAUUUUGCCGACGCCAUUAUGGCGAAUGCGGCAGCUUCAGCAUUAAGACAGGCUUCGCGCCUUAGUCUAAAGCAAUCCUUCACAUCAUCUUCUCGCCGAGUGAUUCCCUCUACCUCGAGAGUCGCCGCUGCAACGGCCGCGCAAGUGUCUCGGAGAAGUUAUGUAUCAGAGACGAAGCGAGACAAUGCGCAAGUGAACGUUGAGACAGCUAUUAAGCUUGACAAGAAUGACUUCAUGAAUGAGAAAGGCGAACUCGUUAUGCCAGGCUCCAAUACUGCAAAUGCUGCUGUCAGCCCCAUGACAGAAGUGCUCAAAGAGGCCACCAUUAUGGGAGAAGGCCAGCGUCCUAUCUAUCUUGAUAUGCAGGCUACGACACCAGUCGACCCCAGAGUUCUAGAUGCCAUGUUGCCAUUCUUCGUUGGAAUCUACGGCAACCCCCAUUCGCGAACACACGCAUACGGCUGGGAAAGUGAAAAGGCUGUAGAAGAUGCGCGUGAACAUAUUGCCAAACUGAUUGGUGCAGAUUCGAAGGAAAUCAUAUUCACGAGUGGCGCAACAGAGAGCAAUAACAUGAGCAUUAAGGGCGUUGCCAGAUUUUUCGGACGAUCGGGCAAGAAGAAGCAUAUCAUCACAACCCAAACGGAGCAUAAAUGCGUCCUCGAUAGCUGCCGACACCUUUCUGACGAUGGAUAUGAAGUUACAUACCUUCCGGUCCAAUCCGAUGGCUUAGUGGAUCUACAGCAGCUCAAGGAUGCAAUCAAACCAGAAACUGCACUCGUUAGUAUCAUGGCCGUGAACAAUGAGAUUGGUGUCAUCCAGCCCAUUGCAGAGAUUGGCAAAAUCUGUCGAGAGAAUAAGGUUUUCUUCCACACAGACGGUGCGCAGGCGGUUGGCAAGAUACCUCUCGAUGUCAACGCGAUGAACAUUGACUUGAUGUCAAUUUCAUCCCAUAAGAUCUAUGGUCCUAAAGGCAUCGGUGCCUGUUAUGUCCGAAGACGGCCACGAGUCAGACUGGAGCCUAUUAUCAGUGGCGGUGGUCAGGAACGAGGCCUACGUAGCGGUACACUUGCUCCACCAUUAGUUGUAGGAUUUGGAGAGGCCUGCCGUAUUGCAAAGGAAGAACUUGAAUACGAUUCAAAGCGUAUCAAGUCGCUAUCUGAUAGACUCCUGAAAGGGCUUCUAGCCUUGGAGCAUACCACUCAAAACGGCGCCCCCAACAGCUUCUACCCUGGAUGUGUCAACGUUUCCUUUGCGUAUGUUGAAGGAGAGUCCCUCCUCAUGGCCCUCAAGGACAUUGCGUUAUCAUCUGGUAGCGCUUGUACCUCAGCCUCCCUGGAGCCAAGCUACGUCUUGAGAGCACUAGGCAACAGUGAUGAGAGCGCACACAGUAGUAUCAGAUUCGGUAUUGGCCGAUUUACUACGGAGCAGGAAAUUGAUUACGUUCUCAAGGCCGUUCAGGAACGUGUCACUUUCCUACGCGAAUUAAGUCCCCUAUGGGAACUUGUGCAGGAAGGUGUCGAUUUGAAUACAAUCGAAUGGAGCCAGCAUUAAAGUUUGGCAUGCUUCGAAGAUCACAUAAUGUUUUCUUGGUGUGCUUACAACACUUGCGUUGAGCAUAUGUAGGACGUACAACCAAGCUGGUGGAUUCAUGAAACUUACAAUCACUUUGCAGUGGAUAUGGAAUGGAAGGCAAUAGUGUCUUACCUGUACUUUAGGAGUUAGGUAGGUUCGGCAUGUCGUUUACCUCGCCGCUCGUUGCGAGUAUACAUAGGUCCGGUCUCGGUUGCUUAGGUUGUGCGAUUACUUUAGGGGGGAUUAACGGAAAACGCGGAGACGAACAUGUCUUUUUGAUACCAAUGAAAAUGAACGAUGAUAAAUAUGAAUUCAUGUGUAACAGGCGUCUGUUGAGAUAUCGAGUGCCUAGGGAGUUCUUUUUAUCGUGUGGUGUCCGGGUAUGUUUGAUUCAACUUCGAA